GAGCCUCAGCCAAAGAAGCCGAGGCGGCGAGAGCCCUGGCGGGGGUCUGGUGAGGAAAAUGGCUCCACCUUCUGAAGCUGUCUUGGAUAUGAUCAAAAGCUUGAGAAGAAACUGGCACAGCCUUUGUCCUUCUGAGAGGACUACUGUGUGUGGUGCCGAUUUCAUGCUCGAGACUUUGCAGCUGUCUAUGGCAGAGAUCAAUAAACAGCAUGCUGGAGAAUUCACUGUCCUUCUUAGUGAUGUAUUGGUGGCUUGGAAACACUUACUACAUGAGAAACUAGACUUGCCAUUUGAAGAUAUGGAAGUGGUUGAGCAUUAUAAAGACAUUAGAAAGACCUAUGAUGCUUUUUUGAAGAACAGCAACAUUCUUGAUCUGAUUGAUGUGUACCAGAAAUGUCAAACAUUGACUUCUAUUUGUGAAAAUAAAGUUAUGUCUCCUGUACAACUAUUAGAUUUCAUAUCUGGCAGAUUAUGCACAUCCUAUGAAAAUAUAAAUCUUUCUGGAUCAGAAUCUCCAACCAGUAAAUGUAACUUGGAUAAUAAAAAGGUACAGUCAAUAGCAAGAAAAAUUAUCUGUUCGUAUUUAAGCCUGUUGGUGAAUUCAAGGAAUGACUUAGCCUUGGCUCACAUCAUUAACAUUCCUGACAGAGGACUUGGAAGAGAAGCCUUCACAGAUCUCAAACAUGCUGCUCGAGAAAAGCAAAUGUCUGUCUUCCUGGUUGCCACUUCAUUCAUUAGGAUGAUAGAACUUGGAGGGAAAGGAUAUGCCCCUUCACCAUCUGACCCUCUCAGGACACAUGGAAAGGGGUUGAAUAAUUUUAUUAUUUUCAUGGACAAACUGGAAGAAAUUCUGGGAGAAAUACCAAAUCCAAGAAUUGCAGGAGGUCGGAUACUCUCAGUAAUAAAGACAGAGUUGAUAAAAGGCCGAAGCAGUGGGGAUCCAUUCUGUCAAGCGACAGAGGAAGUUACUCAGGAUUUGGAUUUGAGGAUUAAAAACAUUAUCAACUCUCAACAAGAAGAUAAAGUUGUUAACACCACUGGCAGCAGCCCAGCGCGGCCAAAAUCUUAUGCUAUUAAUCAUGGCACUGCCUACUGUGGCAGAGACACGGUGAAGAUUUUACUUGUUCUCUUGGAUGAAGAAGCAUCGAAUCCUCCCACUGAAAACAAAGCAGACCUUUUGUAUGGGGAUGAAAAUACAACCUCAUACAUGGGCACUCCUAUCCUGACUCUUUUUAGUUCUCCAACACAGGCAAAGGAAUUCUUGAUCAAGCCUCUAAGAGAACGUGUUCAGAAAUCAAUGGAAGAGAAAAAAACAAAGAUGAAACAAACCUUAAUCAGGUCCCAGUUUGCUUGCACUUACAAAGAUGACUUCAUGACCAGCCACGAGAGAUGCAGCAGUAGGAACCAUGCCAAAGAAGAGCCAGUGUGUACACCUCACCUGCAAAAUGCCCUUCCUGAAGGCACAAAUUCAUUUGAUGGAGUACCAACCCUUGGAACAAGUUCUGGAAUUGUUCAGCUGAACAGAAGUAAAACUGAAAAAUUAUCCAAAAAAUCAAGUGGUCCGACAGGAAACAAGGGCCCCAAGAGGAAACAGGUGGAUUUGAAUGGUGACAAUGGCCUCUGUGAUCAUGAAAAUGAACUGUCUCAGCCCCAAAUGGGUAAGAUCCCUAAGACAUCGAACAAUCUACAAAAUAAAUCAAACCAAAUUCUAGCCAGAUCAGCAGCAAAAAGCUGCAAGCCAGCCCCCAAGAAUAAGUUGAUUGCAGGGCAGACAAAAUUAACUCAGUUUUUUAGACUCUGA